CCUCCGUCGAGCCCAACGAGACCUAUUCUUAAAUUUCCACUGCUUCUUCUCUUUCCGUUCCCCUGUCCUCUUUAUUACUUCUUGUGAAAAAUCACAAUGGAUGACCUGAUAAUAACAGAUGAAGAGCUCCAGAUGGACAUUGAGUUGCAGAAGAUAUUGGAUAUGGCAUGCAAGGAGGAUGGCAUGGAAGAAAUUUCAGAAUGCAUUCCUCCUCUUAACACUUUUGAUGGAAGUCAACAAACGAUUGAUGAGCCCGAUAAAAUGCUCUCUUUGUUGGCGAAAUGUUUUGAAAGUCGAGAAGACCUCAUCGGGGAAGUUCGUAAGAUAGCAUUAAUGCAAGGGUUUGCAACCGUUAUUAGAAGAUCUAAGACAAAUACAUAUGUUGCUAUUGGUUGUGAUAGAGGUGGGGAUUAUCAAGCCUCUAAAACUUCACUAGAUGAAAGAAAAAAAAAAUCAGGAUCUUGCCUCAUAAAUUGUCCAUUUGAAGUCAGGGGGCGUAAAAAGAAAUGUGAAGAAUUUUGGAAGCUAGAGAUAAAAAGUUUAUUGCAUAACCAUGAACUUUCAAAUGACAUGUGUGGACAUCCUUCUUGUCGUCAAUUUUCACAAGAGGAAAUUUUACGAAUUAAAGAAAUGAGCAAGGCUGGUAUACCACCACGCCAAAUUCUAUCUUCGCUUCGGCAAGGCAAUCCUCAUCUUCAAGUAGUUUCUCGAAACAUCUAUAAUCUAAGAGCUAAGAUUGUGAAGGAAAGUCUGGCUGGGCGUCCAGUUAUUCAAGCAUUAUUAGAAGAACUUGGUGAAGGUGGUUUCACUUAUAACAUUGAGUAUGAUCAUGAAGGCCACUUGACUCAUUUGAUCUUUGCUCAUCCCUUGUCUAUAGAGUUGACCAAGAGCUACCCAUAUGUUUUUGUGAUGGAUUGCACAUAUAGGACCAACAAGUAUAAGAUGCCAUUAUUGGAUAUCAUAGGAGUUUCAAGUUUCAACACAUCCUUUUAUUCUUGUUUUGUUUUCAUGCAAAAUGAGAAAGAAGAGGAUUAUGUGUGGGCUCUAAAAAUGUUUAGUAAGAUUUUGGGAGUUGAUAAUCAUCCUAUGGUGAUUAUAACGGAUAGGGAGUUGGCAUUAAUGAAUGCUAUACGCAUUGUCUUUCUGAGUACUUCCAAUCUUUUGUGCGUGUGGCAUAUUGAGAAAAAUAUACUUGCAAAUUUAUAAAGCUCAUUUUGAGGAAGAAGUUGAUUGGAUUGAUUUCAUUACUACUUGGACAAUUUUAAUCCAAUCUCCUAAUGAAACAUCAUUCAAUGAAGCUUGGAGUCAUUUUGAAGUUAAGUACGAGGAUAAGAUAUUUGUUUUGAAAUAUAUUCUUGGUACUUGGCUUUCAUAUAAAGAAAAGUUUGUAAGUGCAUGGUCAGAGAAAGUUACCCACUUUGGUAACCGUGUUGCUUCAAGAGCCGAAGGUGCACAUGCAACGCUAAAAAAAUAUCUUCAAGUUUCAACUGGAGGUCUUCGCGAGGUAAAAGAAAAAAUAUGCCUUGCUAUUGAAAUCAAUUUCAAGAAAUCAAAACUCAACUUUCAAGUGAAAAAGUUAGAGUUUCACACAAGUUUCGACUUCCCUUCUUCAAAGAGGUUGUUACUCAUGUAUCUAGAUUUGCAUUGAAUGAAUUAUAUAAUCAAUAUGAAGCCUCAAGUUCUUCUGAUCUUCCAUCUCAAUGUAAGGGUCAUUUUCUCAAGACAAUGGGUCUUCCUUGUGCUCACAUGAUUAGAGAGAUGAAUAUUGAAGUCUUGCAACUAAAUGACAUACAUCCACAAUGGAGGAUUGAUAGAAGAUUGUUUGUCAAUGAUCGUCAUGUAAGCUUGGACAAUGAACAAGAUCAAAUAAGCGGCCUUCUAUUGGAGUUUAAAGAUAAGUAUGAAAAGUUGCCUCUUACUCAAAAAGAGGAUACCAAAAGGCAACUUUGUGAAUUUAUUGAUACUUCUCUUCCAUUAACUCUUGAGCCUAAUGUUAAACCUCACAAAGGUCGUCCAAUGGGUUCUAAAAAUAGAAAAGAAUCAAGCUCUACAAAGCGUGGUCCUUCAAAGUUUGAAAUAGUGGAGAAGGCUCAGAAACGUGCUCGACGGGUAUGUCAUUUUUUUUAUUUAUCUUUUAAUAUUGUCUACUAUGGUCAUGAUUAUUUAUAUAUACGUAUAACUUAAUGUUCAUUGUUUAUAGGUGUGACGAGCAUAAUGAUUUGCCAAAGAAACUUUUUGUUAAUAAUAGCUUAGAUGUGUAAAGAACACAUUAAGGUACAUAUAUUUUUGUUGAUUUUUCCCCAUAAAAAUACUAAUUAAGUUUGUAAUUUUCUUUCCUUUUGUUGACAUGUUUUUAUUUUCUUGUAGGUUGGAGUGCAUGGGUUUCCUAUCUUUUUGGUAAUAUUGACAUCUCCUUUUGAACACAAGAUUAAAGGCCAAACAUAGUGUAGGCAGAAUGUUAAAGCUUGUAAUGAUAUCUGAUGUAUUUUUUGGGGCAUGAGGUUACUAUUAUGGGGAUUAAAGUGUAUGUGGAUUGCUUACUAGUAUUUUGUACAAUUCAUGUAACUUAUGCAUAUAUGCUAUAUCAUUAGGUAAUCGUUUUAUUUUUAUUUA